UUUGCACUCAGUCAACCACCAACCUACUUGAGAACCACCGCUUGUCCCGGUAAUCCACGCCGACACCCUUUGUGUACAUUUUUAACUCGGGAAUUAAAUAUUCGGUUUAAUACCUCAGAUUUUGAGGCUCGAAAAGUGAAAUGUUAUUCGGAGCGAUCAAUCAUAUUUCGAAGGAUUUCUGAUUUGUGUAAAGUAGUCAACUAAUAUUAGUUGUGGACAAAGCAAUAAUAAUUAUUUGUUGUUGUUGUGAUGGUUUGGGGUGAAUUAGUGUGACCUCUUCUCCGCCGUAGAAAAACAAAAACAAGGAUGGGAAUUCGGGAGGAGUCCGUAUUCAGCAACACGCCACAAUUUUGGCGUGACUUCGAAGCCGGAGUUAAAUCACAGCUCGAUCCUUGCUCCAACAACAAUAGUCACACUCACAACAGCAACAACAACCACAACAAUAGUGUCAAUAAUGGUGGUCGGAUCAUCAACAAGGGAGGCGGUGUCGUGGUGGUGCUAGUCGCAGCUGUUCCGGACAAGCGAGACGUCAACAACAACAACCAGACCUCGAGCAACCAGGGGGCGGAGGAGAAGGAGGAGGACUCGUCGAAAGGUCAGCAGCCGGCCACCUUCGUCCGAGACAGUCGCUUCCAUCACAUCACGAUGGCCUCCGAGGACCUCCUCCAACCUGGUCACAUUGUCAAAGAGAGAUGGAAAGUGACAAAGAAGAUUGGGGGAGGUGGCUUUGGAGAGAUUUACGAGGGGAUUGACCUGGUCACGAAGGAACAGGUCGCCCUCAAGGUGGAGUCUGCCAAACAGCCGAAACAGGUGCUCAAGAUGGAGGUGGCCGUCCUUAAAAAGCUCCAAGGAAAGGAGCACGUGUGUCGCUUCAUCGGGUGUGGCCGUAACGAACGGUUCAACUACGUGGUGAUGCAGCUCCAGGGCAGGAACCUGGCUGAGUUGCGGCGUGCCCAGCCGAGGGGGGCCUUCUCUCUCUCUACCUCCCUCCGUCUCGGCCACCAGAUCCUCCGGGCCAUCGAGUCCAUCCACGAAGUCGGCUUCCUCCACAGAGAUAUCAAACCCUCCAACUUUUCCAUGGGUCGCCUCCCACACACUUCGCGCAAGGUGUACAUGCUAGACUUUGGCCUAGCACGACAAUACACCACGGCCACUGGGGAGGUUCGAGCCCCUCGCGCAGCUGCGGGCUUCCGCGGCACGGUCCGCUACGCAUCCAUCAAUGCCCACAAGAACAAGGAGAUGGGGAGACAUGACGACCUCUGGUCCCUGUUUUAUAUGCUCGUGGAGUUUGUCAAUGGUCAGCUGCCGUGGCGAAAGAUCAAGGACAAGGAGCAGGUGGGCGUCAUCAAGGAGAAGUACGAUCACCGCCUCCUUCUCAAACACCUCCCCUCAGAUUUCAAACAGUUUCUCGAUCACAUUCAAAGUUUGGAGUACAGUGAUAAGCCAGACUACUCGAUGUUGGCUGGCGUAUUUGAGCGUUGUAUGAAGCGUCGUGGCGUGAAGGAGACGGACCCAUUCGACUGGGAGAAACUGGCGAGUGAAGUUUCCUCCCCCAACACCACGCCCCACAACAACCCACCCCAUCCCCCCGUCAUUAAACCCAUCACCGGAGGUGUGUUGGAGGCAGGAGACACGGCCAUCAUCAUGUCGAGUCUGGACAACAACCAGGAGAACAUUGAGCCACCAGACAACAAGAACGCCUUGGAAGCGGCCAGGCUUGCGGAACAGGACGCGAGACGGCGUCGCCGAAGAGAGCCAUGCAUGCUGGACUCGGUGGGAGGUUCUGGUCUCCAGUCCGGAACGCUACCGGUGGCCAGCGUUAACCAGUUUAGCGAGGGGUCAGCUUGCGGAGGAAACAAGCAGAUGCCUCCACAAAUGUGCAAUAACAACGUGGGAGACUCGCCCAAGAGGAAAAAGAAGGAGGCAGAGCUGCUCAACAACGCCACGGGUGGAGGUCUGGACGGUGGGCUUGGAGAGAAGGAGGACAAGGCUGAACUAGGCGUCGCUCUGGACGAGGGUGGAGUAAUGCAGGUGGCUCUGUGUGGGAGCAAGCCACCUUCUCAGGAUGCGGGGGUGGUGAACAAAGUUCGGCCCAGGUCCACACCUCCAGUGGUAACGAACAAAGGCGGUGGCGGGGCGGCUGGCGUAGGAAAGCUGCGUCUUGGGUCUCAAAUAGAAGACAGCAUUGGUGGGGUGGAUCCACAGCUCACUUGCAAUGACUCAAUAGGCUAUGACUACACCAAAGGACGAGGGGAAGGUCUCUCCAUGUGCUCUAUCGACCCAGACGGCGACCCUCAAGUCCACCCAACCACUCCUCCCACGACGGGGAAGGAGUCAUCUCUUAACCCACCGCCAUCCUCUUCUGCCGGUCGUCGCUCCUCUCACGGACUGAGCAGAUCCCGGUCUGGUCGUGGGUCGCGACCCUUCAGCCACCCCCACUCGUCCUCGCACUACGGCGGCGGGAAGAGCGUGGCUGGAGGGGACCAGUCUAUUACCCAGUUCGCAGAAAUGGAGGAUGGAGGGAUGUCUGCGCAUGGGCAGAUUACGCGAGGCGGCGGCGGGGGUGGCCUCUUGACGAUGGCCUCCCAGUGGAAGUCCCAGUUCGACGAUGGGGACGACCAGACGGACAACGAGUGGAGAGCCGCAGAGCAACUGGCCAGUCCUGAGCACAACGUGACGAAAGGGGUGUUGGGCGGUCAGGGGUUCAAAUUGGGUGAGUUGCUGGAAGAUGAGGCGGAGGAGGCAGAUGAGCAGGGCGUGGUGGUGAUAGUUACUCAUGACCCCACACCUCCACCCACGAUAAAAAUACCAUCCCCACCGCCAGUCACACACCGCCAUCGGUUUGAUGAAGGAACAACGCAGCAGCAGCGUGGCGUCUGCGGGGGUGAACAGCGUUCUUCACUUAAUUAUCUCAACCUGGAAGCGUCCACUGAAGAGUCCGCCCUGGUCGGAAGUCUUCCCAAAGUGCACAGCAACCCAGAGAUCUCGGAACAUAUUCGGCCUGGUCUGGAAGCACCUCUCGUCCUUCACGCCGCCUUUGAUGAGUACGCCUACGACUUGGACCUUUCUCGCAACGUGGCUUCCAAACAAGUAAUAAGGUUACCCUGUGAUACCCAACAGCAACAACACCUCACCCUCCUGGGCGCGCCGGACGGGGAAAACAUCUACCGUAGCAUGCCGGCCCUCAACCGUCUGCUGAUUGAGAAUGAGAAUGGAGUCGGAAAUGGUGGCGACCCUUCCGCGGAACUGGUCGCAGGUCGACUCGAAAUCCGCGUCGUGUCGUCGCCCCUUCCUUCGGGCGAUGGGGGCGGUUCUGUCGCCAUGAGCAGCACACCACUUCAUUUCCUAGGCAAGAAAGAGGAACUCCUGGCUGGGAAUGAUGGUGAAGUCACAAAUGUGCCCCCACACCUGCCCAAGUUGAAGAGUAUACUCAAGAACAAGGUGGAAGGAGUUGGAGAGGAUGUAUCCCAGCCACCUCCACUUCAAACGACGACGACGACGACGAGCAGGGCGGGAGAGGAAGAAGACUUUCAGACGCCCAAGGUGGACCAGAUGACGGAGGCAGCUCUCUUCGCCACGGCCAACAAUCCAGAGGACGCCUCAGUCUAUUUCGAUGCCACAGUGGGGGCAGGGCCAGAGGAACUCUCAACCCAACCACCACCACCCACGCUACACGACCACGAGCACGACGUCAUCAACGGCAAUAUGCAAAUACCUCUCAAUAAGAACGCAUUCGAGAUUGAGCUUGGCGGUGAUGCUCCAGUGGCGCUGUCGCCAGCCCACACGAGCCUCGCCCUGGGUGGCUGCACACCUGGACUGAGGCGAAGGAGGGAAGCUAGUGAAAAAUAUGCCACUUCGAUCGCCGAACUAGGUCUCAGAUUUCAGAGAAGAAGACGCCAUUUUGCCGGCAGCUCUGGCACUUCCAACGAGAGUGACUCGGGCGGUAGUCUUGGUGGCGGUGGGAUCAGGUGCGCCCCACUCCUCGACGAGGCUGCCAUUGAUGAUCGCGAGCGGGGCGUACCGACCGUGUUGUUGGGCGACAGGCCGAGCCCAUCUGGUGGCGUAAAGGAAGAUUCCUCAUCGAGCAGCAACGACCCGGCCCCUCCCACACCUCCCCCAGGUCACCCACACCACCCGGAACUUCAAACUAGAAUACGACGUUACCGAAGCUCAGACCCAUCGGAUGGAAAAGACUAAAUAAUAAUAAAGUUAUUAAGACUUGUGAAGAAAACCAACCCUGUACACUGAUUGAUAUACGAUUGUUGUUGUUGAGUGAGGUUGUGUCCCACCCCAGGCCCCGCUUUUAACUAUGUACGUCCUAUACGGUCCUUGUUCUCAUUGGAGCGAAGAUAUUUGUUGGGAGCUACGCGAUGCGCUGUAUUGUAUUGCUGCCUCUAAUUCGUCACCUCCCCCAUCACGUCGGCCCCUCUAAACACCAAGCAACCGAUAAAACCACCAUCACAUUAUCAUUUCCAAGCAGAUUAUUACGUACGGUCGUUAUUAUCUAAAUAUUAUUUAAUUUAUGUGAACACUUGUAUCGAUUGAGUCAGAAUUAUUACUAUUAUUCAAAAUCCUAUUAUUUUGUCACGUGGAGGCAGAUGCAUUAUUUUGUGUUGAAUAGAAAGUAUUUUAAUUUUAUUUACGCGACUUGUUCCAAUAACUGUAUCAAGUGCCACACCUGGAUCCAUCUAGUCAGUAGUCGCCCCAUAAUCUCACCUGCCACUGCUUUUAGGCUAAGGAAUACCCCAGUCAUGAAGACGUUGAUGAUCUGACGCCAAGUGAGACGACCUGGUCGGUUCUACGAAACUUGGUGCAAGCCGGGAGGAGGGCGGUCAGGAAGGAUAUUACAUAAAAUUUUAGGAGCUAUUUAUUCGCAGUAAAUGAUACUCCUCCUCCUCCUCCACUACUCGCCCCACUGCUACUUAUGCAAACAUGGGGCUUUACUCACUCUUCAUAUUUGUACGAUAAAAUACGUGUAUGCGGAGCAGCCAACAAUUUAUAGGAACUAAGAUGCACUUUCUUUCGUCCACGAGAACACGCGUUGUAGGAAGACGGAUAAAAGUAAUGCAAAUACUCGCGGCGUGAACAAAAAGUGACAAAGCUUUUUUUGCGCCUCUCUUUUCUAAGAUUUUAAAAUGGCCAGCGACUGCAGGCGCUAUUACGACAAUUAACUGAGGACUAUUAUGCGAGAAGGGUAUUUACAUUCAUACAAACUACAAUGCAUGAUAAGGUUUGAGCUGCGGCAGAACUAAUAAAACAUGUUGAGUGUGACUUUGAUGAUUAUACUACUAAUUGAUAUAAAUGGGAAUUAAGAGUGAUAUAUAUGUAUGAUUAAGUGUAAACCUCUCCCAAAAAAGACGGACUUUUAUGAUUACUGAUUGAUAAUUGUUAUUACGAUACACACGGACAAAUAAGAAGAAACGAAAAUAAAGGCAAAGUUUGUUCAUUGAA